GCUCGGUUUGUCUCCUCCAUGAUGGCGGGAAGCCGGAGCAACUCAGGGCUAUGAAGCCGGCAGACAGAGUGCUGAGGUUGAGACCUCUAAGAUUUUCCUCAGACACUUGCCGUGUGAUGUGAAGGCCUGAUAAUGGCAUACAGUGACAGUAGAGAAAGUUUGGAUAUAGAACGUGGGAUGGAUGAUGUGAGCUUGGCUGCUGGUAGAAGCCAGCGUGAGAAAAAGCGUUCAUAUAAAGACCUACUUCGUGAGGAAGAGGAGAUUGCAGAGCAAGUCCGCAAGUCUUCAAAAAAGAGAUCUAAGGAGACAGACUUAUUGGUUGUGGGGACUGAGUCGCAUAAGAAGAAAAAGAAGCAUUCUUCAGAUGAUGCUUAUUACCCAGAAUUAUCUCCAUCAGAUAUGAAGAAGAAAAAGAAACACCUUCCAAGCUCAUCAUCCCCUACCUCAGAUACAGCUAUGGACUUGCUUAAUUCCAUUUCUUCUCCAAUAAUUACUUCAAGCAAAGCAUCCUCCAAGAAAACAGAGAAAACACUGGCAGCACCCUUAAAUUUACAGUCUCCUACACAAAUGCCCCGUAAAGAGCAUCGAAAAAAAGAAGACACCGCUGAGGACCUCUCACACAAAUCUAAAAAACCUAAACCUCUUACGCUUCGUGAACCAGAUGGCUUAAGGAUGAAGCUUAUUCUUUCUCCCACGGAGAAAACAAGUGAACGUGUGUUCCCCCCACUAGAGGGUCCAGUUCUUAAUGAUGGCACAUCUCCCAAGAAGGGCAGCAAGAAGUCCUCCAAGGAGGAAAUGGAGAGGAGCAGCCAUAAGAAACACCGAAAAGAAAGCCAUGCACCCCGUCCGUGUCGAACACCGGAUUCAGCUUCAUCGUCUGAAGGGGAGAUGGAAGCUGGGGAGUUGGUGAUUGAUGAUUCAUUUCGGGAGUUGAAAAAGAAAAAGAAAUCAAAAAAGAGCAAAAAGAAAAAGGAUAAACACAAAGAGGAAAGGCACAAGAAACAUAGUAAAAGCAAGAGAGAGCAUGGGUCGGAGAGCAGCCUAACAUCCAUUCCAACUCCUGUGCUUUCUUCACCACCAGCUUCCAUCACUGCUGUAUCUCCUCCUCCAACUCCACAGAUACCCCAGUUACCUGCACAGCCACCAGCACCUACACUGAUAGCAUCACCUGUUAGCUCACAUCUUGAGGGCACAUCCGAUAAGAAAAAGAAGAAAGAUGAGACAGAAAAGCCUAAGAAGAAAAAUAUGUCUGCAUAUCAAGUUUUCUCUAAAGAAUACAGAGGCAGCAUUAUAGCAGAACAUCCAGGAAUUGAUUUCGGGGAACUUAGUAAGAAAUUGGCUGAAGUAUGGAAACAACUACCAGAGAAAGACAAACUUGUUUGGAAGCAGAAAGCUCAGUAUCUCCAGCACAAACAGAACAAAGCUGAGGCCACGACUGUGAAACGGAAAUCAAGUCCUUCAGAGUCCUCUUCAAAGACGAAAGGAUCCUCCUCUGGACUGUCAUCGCCACACAAAAAGUCCCCUAGUAGUCUUGUUUCCUUCUCGUCUUCUCCAGCAAAAGUCCCCGAUACUGAGCCCAUUGACGCAGCAGCCCAUCUUCAGCUCUUGGGGGAGUCUUUGAGUUUGAUAGGACACAGACUUCAGGAAACUGAGGGCAUGGUUGCAGUGUCCGGUAGCUUAUCUGUUCUGUUAGAUUCCAUUCUUUGUGCUAUGAGCCCUUUGGUAUGUCUCACUAGCCAAGUUCCUGAGCUAAAUGGCUGCUCAAAGCAAGUUUUGUCCAACACAUUGGAUAACAUCGCCUAUGUGAUGCCUGGCUUGUGACAACCGAAGCGUGAUACCUGCAGUGUUAGGAGCCACGUGUGUUUUAUAUAUGUACAUGCUGUAUUAUAUGUACAAUGUCUAAACUAUUUUAUAUCCCUUCAUAGUUUUAUUGUGAUUUUUAAAGGAAAUGGCAGUGUUUAGAGAGAACAGACUCGCUGAAUAUGUUUUGCAGUAAUCAUUUUAUUACAGUAUGGGUGGUUGGACUGCACAGCACUUUGCUUUUAAGAUUAAGCACAAAAACAUGCUCCCCUGCACUAUACGGUUGGUACAUGAUCUUGUUCUAGAUUGUAAGGCAAUGGUCAGCGAGUACAGUUCUGCUGCACUUCUCAUAUAAAGCAUGCAGUAUCUGCAAUAAAACAGCGCUGUGAGAACAAGAAAUUAAAAGGGAGUCUGUCACCUUUCAAGGGCAACUAAGUGCAGUACUAGAUGAAUAGUACUACUGCAGGUGACCCCAGAUGAUGCUCCCCUGUUUUACCAUUGUGCCACUGAAAAGCGCUGCUGGAAUACAUUGACAGAACUUCUGCGCUUGUGCUCGGAAAAUUCUCUCCAGUAUUAAUGUGAGCUCAGGAUUACGAGUUCUGGGACCUUUACUGACUGCUAGCUUGGGGAAUCCAUAUCUCAUUACUACGAGAACUGCUGUCACUUCAGUUUUUCUGUAACUCCCAUAGAGUAGUAAGGAACAGCAACAUGCAUGCUAAACCUCUACUACAAGCAAAUCGCUCUCUCAAUUGUAGGGAUGAAGGAGGGGCCCAGGGACUGAUAUCCCACUUUGUAGUGCACAGUGUGGAUCCCAAUGGUUAACAAC